CAGCUUAGGGACGGUGCCCCCUUUUUAUUGAUAAAUAUGGAGCAUAGCUGUUAUCUGUUCUUGCUCUUACUUGGUUUUAAGUGGUGCGCCUUUGCACAGCAAGUCACGGGGAUGCCAGGCUUUGCUGAAGAAUGCAUGUGGAGAAAUGGCUCCCGAGUCUGCUCUGAUCCUUGCUCGAGUUACACUGUUCUAGAUCAGCCUUGGCGAAGUACCUCCUAUGGGAAGGGAACGAAUUGUGACAGUGAUAAAAGAGGGUGGUAUCGGUUUGUUGGCCUGGGAGGAGAACGCAUGCCAGAAUCGUGUGUGCCAAUUUAUAGGUGCAACACUGAUGCACCUAUGUGGUUAAAUGGAUCACACCCCAUACAGAAUGCUGGAAUUGUAACGCGUGUCGCCUGUGCACAUUGGAAUGAAAACUGCUGCCUGUGGUCUACAACUGUGCAGGUGAAAGCGUGCGUAGGUGGUUAUUAUGUUUACAAAUUGGAAGGGACUCCAGUGUGUUCCUUGACUUAUUGCACAGAUCCCAACUACACUGAGAGCCCGUGUGCCCAGUGUGGUGUUGAUGAGGAGUGCCAGCUGGUGAAUGGUGUCUGGGGUUGCAGCUGCAGUCAAGGAUUCAACAAUUCUGAUAUUUCUAGCUUGGAGCCACAACUAGAGUGUGGAGCAAAUGAAAUUAAAGUUUCACUUCAAAAGUGCAUCCUGAAUCAACUUGGCUUCCAGGAUGUGGUCAUGUACUUGAAAGACGACAGAUGUGCUGGUUUCGAAGAGCAGAAGAAUGCAACAGUGGUCUCGGUGGUGACUCCCACUCAAGGUGGCUGGUGUGGAACACAGUUAACAAAAAAUGGCACCCAUGCUAUAUAUAGUAACACACUAUAUCUGGGAAAUGGGACUGUCAUUAGAGGAGAUGAAGUCAAGAUUAAUUUCCAGUGCUCUUACCCAUUGGAUAUGGAAAUCAGCCUUGCCACAGCCAUCCAGCCUAUCGUAAGCUCAAUCAAUAUCAGUGUCGGUGGCUCGGGACUCUUUACGGUUAAAAUGGCUCUCUACAGAGAUUCGAAUUACACCUCCCCUUAUGAGGGAUCCAUGGCAGUGUUGUCAACAGAGGCCAACCUGUAUGUUGGUGUCAUGGUCACAAGUGGGGACAUGUCUCGGUUUGUUUUGCUGCUUGACAGCUGUUAUGCAACACCCACAAAAAACGCUACUGGUUCUCUGAAGUAUUUCAUCAUUCAGAACAGCUGUCCAAACACACGGGAUUCAACUAUUUUAGUGCCAGAAAAUGGAGUUGCUUCUGAAGCGAAGUUUUCUCUUCAAGUAUUCAGAUUUGUUGGGAACCAUAACUUAGUUUAUCUCCACUGCCAGUGUCGCCUCUGUGACAUUCACACGGAACAAUGCAGACCGCAUUGCUCAGGAGGUGAGAGUCGCCGAGCUGCUGCUGCUGAGACAGGUUAUGUUUUGCGUUUGGGACCUGUUGUCCAGAGAGGGUCUGAGUAUCUUGCUGGAGCUGCCUCAUCUCAUGCUUCAUUAGGAGCUUGGAUGAUAGCGCUAGCAUCUGCGGUGCUGGUUUUCUUUCUCCAUCCAUUUGCUUGACCGAAGCAAAUGCACACUGCUGAGUGAAGAGAAGCAUCAAGUUAAGAGAGAAAA